GGAGGUCCCGGUCACUUGUACUUGUUAAAGAACAAAGUUGCCACUUUUGCCAAAGUGGAGAAGGAGGAAGAUAUGAUCCUCUUCUGGAAGAGGUUGAGCCGGCUGAUGAGUAAAGUCAAUCCGGAACCAAAUAUCAUUCACAUCAUGGGCUGCUAUGUUCUUGGAAACCCCAAUGGGGAGAAGCUAUUUCAGAAUCUGAAAAACUUAAUGAAUCCUUAUAGGGUUGCCUUUGAGUCUCCACUUGAACUCUCAGCUCAAGGUAAGCAAAUGAUCGAGACUUACUUUGACUUCCGCCUUUACCGCCUCUGGAAGACCCGCCAGCACUCUAAACUGUUGGAUUACGAUGACAUUUUAUGAGCUGGAGAAGACUUUGCAAGAGGAAGUUGAUCACCGGUGUCCAAGAAGUCAUGCUUAUUGCAGAGAGACUUUUUUAUUGGCACGGGGAGCCCUUCAAAGCCCUAUAGGAGGCAGCAGUGCUAAAGGGAGGGAAGAAGGAGCCCUCGGAAGUGUGUCAGGAGGCAAGUCUCCUGGGUCCAGAGAGACUGGAAGGAAAGGGUUUGACACCUCACUCGCCUCAGGUCAGAGCCGCGGUGUCUCAGGAGGAGCUGUGUGAAACGAGGACAGGAUGGAGUUCCUUGCAGAACUGAGCUGUUUUGGGUCAGAAUGGGCCAGAUUUGAUUCCAGGUCCUUUUAAAGACUUUUGAAGCUCAGGUUUUCUUACAAAAAAAAUAAAAUCAAUUACCCAUGCACUACGGUGAAGAAGUGCCCAGAGCACAGAGGAAGGAGGGGUUUGUACUGAUGGGACUUUCUGUGCUGGGGACCUUGGAGAGCAAGGACUGCUACACCUACUCCUGCAAGCUUAGGUCAAGAUGAUCAAGUUUCAAUGUGAAUAUAUACUGGAAUAUAGAAUUGAAAUCUAACUUUUGUUUUGUUUUGUUUAAUAGAAAAUAAGUGCAAUUUUUAUAGCGAGAGGGGUAAAAUCCCUCCCAAUAUUUAAUUAGUUAAAAAUAACACACCAGUAACCAAUAGAUGAGGUAUUUUUGGUCUGCUUGAAAAUAUAUUCAAAAAGGUAAUAUAUCUUCUGUAGACAUAUUUAAUCACCAGCAAACAUGAUUUUAA